UUUGUUUCACCUGAAUUGGUCUUCUUGAAUUCAGAACAUAAGAAAAAACUGGAGCUUAAUACAAGAAAAAGAAUCAUAAAUUACAGAUGGGGUCUUCCUAAAGCUGUUCAGUAUUCAUUAAAUAGUUUUAUGGCUUCUAUUGCACAGCUGCCUGAAGCGGUGGAAAAAAACAAAAUAUCUUCCACUGAUAUUCAAGUGAGAAAUAGAAAAGUAGGCACUUCAAUGAACAUAUUUUUACAGUCUAAGAAAGCUAAACAACCUUUAAAACAAAGUCAAAAAGGCAACACUAAUCCAAAACCUUACAGGGCAGCAGAGCUAUGUCUUUCUGCUAAACUCAACCAAGAAAAUAAAGACAAGCUAGAAAUAUGUUUGCUAAAACACAGUCUUGAAAUUAAAAACAGUUGUUUUCCAGAAAUAGUGAAGGAGAUGUAUAAGGCUACCUAUCCUCCAAAGUCAAAAAAGCCUCUUUCAAAGCCAGUUGCACCAUGCAAAGGAUUUAAAAAGCCAAGAUUAUUGUAUCUACCUUUUAUUGAACAGGAUGCUGUUGACCUGUUAGAACUGAACUUAAAACACAAACAGCUUACCCAUCUGUGGGGAUUUCCAACCCAAUAUGAAGAAUCAGUAGCAAUGAUGAUUCCUGAAGUACCGCCUGAGCCUCCAGCAAUCAAGGCAAGUGGAACUCAAAUAGAAUUUGUGGGUGAAGAAGCAACUUUCCUGGAUAAUAAAAUUAAGGACAGACUAGAAUGGCACAUAGCACAGAAGAAACUUCAGCAUAACUGGGGCUUUCCACUGCAUGUUCAAAGAUCACAAGAAAAUUUUAUUUCCCCUGCUCCAAAACUAAUUCCAUUCCAUGUGAAGCCCAAGUUUCUCUUUGUGACAAUCUGUGUGCCGGCUGAGCUGCCUUUCCUUAGUGAUGGACACCGGAAAUUAUUGGAAUUGAAUACAAGGAAAAGAAUUAUAAAUUGCAGAUGGGGUCUUCCAAAGGUAGUGCAGUCAUCUUUAAACAGUUUCAUACCUGUUGCCCCACAAGCAGAAGAUUUCAUACUGGAGUCACAACAUCAAACAAUGCCCAUUUUCAUAGUGCCUACUUCUUCAGGCAAUAUUAUUCGAUUAAGAAAAAAAUUGUCUUUAACAAAGCAACAAAGAAUCAUAAAAAUGGAUAAAAAUGUUGAGAUAUUCUUUUCUGAUAAUCAAAUGGUUACAAGGGGAGCUGUUAUAGAAUUCUCCUUAAUAAAGCAAUGUUUAGAAAUUAAAAUGGAAAAUCUGCCUAAACUGGUAACAGAUGCCUACAGUAGUACCUAUGCUAAGGUACCAAAGAAGAUUUUACCAAAGACCAUUUUACCUGGCAAAGGCUUUAAAAAACAAAAGUCAUCAUAUCUGCCUUUUAUUGAACAAGAAGCAGUUGAUCGUUUGGAGUUGAAUUUAAUGCAAAAACAAAUUACCCAUGAAUGGGGAAUUUCAACUCUCUAUGAAGAAUCGUUGGAAAUGAUGAUUCCAGUGGGACCACCAUUGCCUCCACUAAUCAAAGCUAGUGAGGCUCAAAUAGAACCUGUUGGUAUGGAAAAUAAUUUCAUUAAAAAUAAAGUAAGAGACAGGCUAGAAUUGCACAUAACACAGAAAAAACUUCAGUACAGUUGGGGUCUGCCAGUACAUAUUCAAAGAUCACUAGAAUUAUUCAUUCCUUCUGCUCCAAAAUUUGUUCCAAUCCAGGUAAAUUCCCAGCCUGAUUUUGCAGUAGUUGUUGCUCCUUCUGAGCUGGCAUUUCUUACUGAAGACCACAGACAAACACUGAAUCGAAAUAUAAAGAAAAGGAUUAUAAAUCGUAAAUGGGGUCUUCCUAAAAUUAUUCAAUCAUCUCUAAUGCAGUUUAUGGCUCCAACUCCCGAUGAUAAUGAUUUCAUGCAACCAUCAGCACAUUGUAAAGAAAGCAGCACAGUGCUCAAUAAUAACAACCUUGGAAGGAGCUAUAAAAUAUUUUCUCAGAGUACAAACCUGCGACUCAAAGGAGGAAAAUUGUUUUCCCAGUAUGAGACAGAUGAGAUGAACUUAAACAAAGUAAAAGAGAUAGCUACUAAUGUUAUCCUUAGAUCGCAAUACAAGGAAAACCUCCAUAUCAGCUUGAUAAGGCAGUGUCUGGAAAUUAAAAUUGAUUGUUUGCCUGAACUGGUAAAAGAUUUGUACAAACGUACUUAUCCAGUAGCAUCAAAGAGACCUUUACCAAAGCUUGUUGCACCAGGUAGGGGAUUUAAAAAACCAAGAGUACGGUAUAUUUCCUUCAUCAAACAAGAUGAUAUUGAUCUGAUAGAGAUGAACUUGAAACACAGGCAACUUUCAUGCCUUUGCGGAUUUGAAACACUGUAUGAUAAGUCGAUGGAAAUGAUGAUUCCCAAAGGACCACCUUUACCUCCAUCAAUUAAACCUAAUGGAGUUCAAAUAGAGCAUGCACCACAGCCAACAACUGCUUUUUCUGACGGAGUUAAAGAGUUUCUAGAAUGGCAUAUUUUGCAGAAAAAACUUCAGCAUACUUGGGGAUUGCCAUCACAUGUUCAGAAAUCAACCAAAGCAUUUAUUCCACCUGCUCCAAAACUGAUUGUAACCCAACUCAAUCCACAGCCUGGUGUUCAAAUAGUUAUUGCUCUAACUGAGUUAGAGUUUAUAAGUGAUGAGCACCAAAAGGCACUAGAAAUUAAUGUAAAGAAAAGGAUUGUAAAUCACAGAUGGGGCCUUCCACAGCUGAUUCAAUCAUCUUUAAAUGAAUUUAUGACACCCCCUCCACCAAUACAGGACUUUGUACAACAAAUUAAAGUUAAGAGAAAUUGUGGAGUAAGAUGCAGAACCGUAGGGUUAUCAAAUGAUUAUAAAAUGAUUUCCUCUCAGCAUGCAUCUCUUCUGACCAAAGAACAAAAGAGUACUUUACACUAUGGAAGUUUAAAGGAGAGUGUCAAAGUGAAAAAGAAAGAAAGAAGGAUGUCUACUCUGGCUGAACUUAGAUCAGAAUGCAGCAAUAAACUAAAUAUGUGUUUGAUAAAACAAAGCCUGUCUAUUAAACUGGACUGCCUUCCAGAACUGGUAAUGGAUUUGUACAAACAAACCUAUCCUCCAGCAUUGAAGAAAUCAUUACCAAAGCUGAGAACACACAUUAAAGGAUUCAGGAAAACAAGGUUACCAUACAUUUUGUUUGCUGAACAAGAUAUUGUUCAUCGCCUGGAUAUGAAUUUAAAACACAAGCAGAUUAAUUACCUUUGGGGUGUUGCAACAAUAUUUGACGAGUCAAUGGAAAUGAUGAUUCCUAAAGCACCACCUUUGCUUCCAGUAAUCAAACCAAGUGGAGCUAAAAUAGAGCAUAAAGGUAUGGAAUUAGCCUUUCAGUCCACGGAAAUUAUUGAAAUCCUGGAAUGGCAUAUUAUAACAAAAAAUUUUGAGUACCAGUGGGGCAUACCAUUACAUAUCCAACAAUCAAUAGAUAAGUUCAUUCCAUCGCCUCCAAAACUAGUUCGAUCCCAUUUUAGCCAGAGUCCUGAUUUUGAUAUUUCUGUUUCCAUAAACGAGCUAAUUUUCCUAAGUGAGGAAUUCAAGAAAACAUUGGAAAUAAACACAAGCAGCAGGAUCAUAAGUCAGAGACAGGGCAUUCCCAAUAUUAUUCGGGCAUCUUUGAAUAGUUUUAUACCUCCCGUUCCACCAGGAAAUGAUAUCAUGCCACAGUUACAGACUGGAGGAGGGAGUACCACAGGUUUCAGUGGAUGCGAACUGAGCAAAAUCAACACAAUUUUAUCCUCUGAACAAAAGUCAUGUGCAUGCACAAUCUCUUUGGCAAACUCUGAAAAUGACACAGUAAGUAGCUGUGUUGAUAGUUUGGAAGAAUUUUCAGUCAGUCCAAAAUUGGAAACUAAAGAUGAAAUGAAUGCUGAUGUGACAAAGCAAUCUUUGGAAAUGCAAUCAGUCUAUAAAUGUUCUUACUCAGCCACAAGUAAAAGUUUGCUGAAACUAAAUACCCCUUACAGAAGAUUAAGAAAACAAAAUUUGAAGAGCAAGUGGGGUGAUGAUUGCCUUGAGGUAGAGUAUCCCAUAGCCUCACCCAGCUAUAGACCAAAAUCUAUGAAGACUGUGGGUUCUUCAACUUGGCCAACAAACCAGAAACUGGCUGAUUUAACCUAUAAACCAAUGACAAUUGUGGGACUGUCUCUAGGUCCAGCAACAAUAGAAGCAAAUGUACCUUCAUCUCCCAUGAUUGUGCAAGAAGAUUUCAGUGUUUAUCUGAAACAAAAUAUGGGUUCUGCGUUUUUGCCACGUCCAGAUCCUUAUGCAGAUUGUGAAGAAAUCUUACCAAAAAAUGCAAGAGACGUUGGUAAUGAUGUGUCCUGUUCAGAACAAUUGACGGAGGAAGCAAAAAACCAUAUUCAGCAAGGUGAAGAACAUGGGUAUGUCAAAAUAAUUGCAGGUGCUAUUGUUAAUAAUCAGAAGGAAGAACAAAAAGUGCAAGUUGAUCUAUCAGAAAUAAUUUGUGCAAAGCCAACACCGACAGGAUUUGGAAAUAAUACCUUGCAAAAGCGAAUGAUUGUUACAUCUCAAGAUCCUGAUGAUGGAAACUAUUUGAGUGUUUCUGAUGAGGAACUUCAUGGUGCCUAUUAUGAAAACCUUAAUAAAUUAUACCAUACUUCCAGAACACAUUCUGCAAAGAAAAAGUGCAAGAAAACAUUUCAAAGUCGGUAUUCAAGUCAAACAAAACCAGAUAAGACUUUGAUUAAGUCAAAGGCUAAGUUUUCCAAGCAAGAUUGCCAGAGAUCAAGAUUAAUUAAACAUAAUGGAGAAGGAACAAAACCAGAGUUGGGCAAUGAAAACAUUCUUUUUGUCAGCCCAGCUGAAGAACUCUGGUCAGAAACAAACCAAAAAGAGAAAUCUUCCUCUUUUUCCUCAUACUGUGACCAAGCAGAAAGCCCAAUGUCAGCAAUAGAAACGUUGCACAGUUGUAGAAAUGAUGAUAGGUCCUCACAGAGUUCUACAGCCAAUAGUCAAGGAUGUCAGCAAGCAUUGUCACAUGAGGAUUCACCAUUUGCAACAAAUAAAGACUGUGAAGUCUAUUACCAGUGUGAGAGUCCGUUAUUGUCUCACACAGUACACUAGGACAGAGGGAGUAAAAGAACCUAUGAUGGGUAAUUUGCAUCAGCAGGAUUUCGUAAAACUUGCAAUCACAAGGCAUCAAUGAAGCAAAUGACUAUCUUAUUGCCUGCUGAAAUGAUUCAGUUACAUCACAUGUAACAUUUCACUUGCUUAAAUAAACAUCAGAAUGGCAAAGUGAA